GAAAAAGAAAAAAGGAAAAAGAGAAGUGUGGUGGUGGUCGUCAUCAUCAUCUUCUUUCUUCUUCUUUAUGAAGUAUAAAAAUGGCGGAUCUGUGUGAGACUUUGAAGCAAAUUUUGUAAACCAAUUCAGAGAGAGAGAGAAAAAAAAUGAGAGAAGAUCAAAUCAAAUCAGAGAUGGAUUGGUUCUCAUGGCUUUCAAGAACAUCUCUACAUCCAUCUUUAGUCUACGAAUACGGCCUUGCCUUAGCCAACAACGAGCUCGAACACGAAGACAUUCUCUAUUUCAAUCAUGAAUUCCUCCAAAGCAUCGGAAUCUCCAUAGCCAAACACCGUCUAGAGAUUCUUAAGUUGGUUCAUAAAGAAAACGCUCUCCACCCUCGUCCCAUCACUCGUAUUCUCCUCGCUCUCAAGAAAACCAAACGACGGUUCGCAAAUCUCAUACGAAACUUCACUCAUCACGACGAUCAAUUAGAAGAAUCCAAAGCCCUAGUUCUUGUUCCUAAAUCAAGUUACGCCGCUAAAAUUCUGAAGAGGAACAAGACAUUUAGCGUGGGGAAAACGCAGGGGAGGUUUCUUCUUACCAAUGGAAGUCCGGAUCCUGAUGUAAAGAUCGGGCGGCGGAUUCAACACUUUUCCGGUCCGAUCUUGUACGAUGCACGGUCGGCGGCGGCGGCAGAGGAGGAGAAGAAGAAGGAGGGCGUUGAGGAAAUCAGGUGGGAUGCAAUGUUUCAGAAUUUGAGACCUACUUGAGAAUUAAAAUUCAUGGAUUUUGUUAACAAAUUAGGGUUAAUUUUGAAUGGUGAGAGAUGGGUUUUUUGUGUUAUUCUCUUCCACCAUUAGAUGGGAUUUCUUUGUUUUUUUUUUUUCUUUUUCUUUUUUGGUUUUGGGGAAGUGGUGAGUCUCUAAGGACAAGAAGAAGAGAAGCUUUAGGAAGAAGGAAGGGUUUGAUUUUUUAGAAUGAUGAUGAUCAUUGUGUUCUUUUCUUGAAGAUGAAUAUUUAAUUGAUGUAUGGGUUUAUUAGGUUAAGAGGGAUAUAAUUGAUUUUGUGUUUUCUUUAUGGUAAUGUAAUCUCUGCCAAACCCAGCUUUUGUUCUUGUGGUUUGAGGUUUCUAAUAAUCUAAUCAAUAUUACAUUUUUCUUA